ACCGCAUCCUCACUCCCUCCCAGAGUCGCCUGGAGUGGCGGCAGCAGCCGGAGGAGGGGGCGCCUCCGUGGUCCCCAGAUGGGGAGAAUGAGGCCCUAUACCAUGUGUCCCUUUGAGAGGUGGAGCUGGACUGAAUCCACAUCCUGACCCGGCAGGAUUCUCCCAGGCCAAGACCCUGAGGCUCACCUCUGGCUCCCAGUCUUCCUGGGAGCAGAGACCGGCGGGAUGUUGCGACAGUGGUCGGGGCAGUCGGGGCAGGGCCCCAGGGAGAAGGAACCCCAGCCCGCCGGCGAGGAGCUGUGGGAACAGGAGAUGGAGCAGCUCUGCGCCUCCCGGGCGCCGCUGCGGACGCUGCCCUAUGCCAUGGUGGACAAGCGCUUCAUCCGGCAGUUGCGGGAGCCCAAUGGAGUGAAGACCUCGCGCUGGCAGCGGUGGCAGCGCAGGCGGCAGAUCGCCGGACGGCGCCUGGGGGAGGCGGCGCAGCGGCUGGCACAGGGCUUUGGGCUCUGGGAAGGGGCUCUCUACGAGAUCGGGGGUCUCUUCGGCACCGGGAUCCAGUCCUACUUCACCUUCCUCCGUUUCCUGCUGCUGCUUAACCUGCUGACCCUGGGGCUGACUGCCAGUGUGGUGCUACUGCCCCUGGCCUGGCUCCGCCCCCCAGGCCCAGGCCCCGCCCCCGCCCAGAACUUGACCCUGCAGUGCCCUGGCAGCCACCAACCCCACACUGGCAUUCCAAAAUUCCACAAUCAACUCUGGAAUAUUUUAACUGGCAGGGCUUUCAACAACACCUAUCUCUUCUAUGGCGGGUACCGGGCGGGGCCUGAGAGCAGCUCUGCAUACAGCAUCCGCCUGGCCUAUCUCCUCAGCCCACUGGCCUGCCUGCUUCUCUGUUUCUGUGGGACCCUGCAGAGGAUGGUGAAGGGGCUGCCACAGAGGCCUCUCCUGGGCCAGGCCUACAGGACGCCUCUGAGCGCCAAGCUCUUCUCCUCCUGGGACUUCUGCAUCCGGGUGCGGGAAGCCGCCACCAUCAAGAAGCAUGAGAUCAGCAAUGAGUUCAAGGCAGAGCUGGAAGAGGGCCGUCGCCUCCAGCUGGCACAGCAGCGGUCCCCGACCCAGAGGGCCUGCCACCUGCUCACCUUCCUGGGGAUUAACAUCCUCAUUGGGCUCCUGGUGGUCGGAGCCAUCAGUGCCAUCUUCUGGGCCACCAAGUACUCGCAGGACAACAAGGAGGAGGCCCUGUUCGUGGUGCUACAGUAUCUCCCCCCUGGGGUCAUCGCCCUGGUCAACUUCCUGGGUCCUCUGCUGUUUGCGUUCCUUGUCCAGCUGGAGAACUACCCACCCAGUACUGAGGUCAACCUCACCCUCAUCUGGUGCGUGGUGCUGAAACUGGCCAGCCUGGGCAUGUUCUCCUUCUCCCUGGGUCAGACCAUCUUGUGCAUCGGCAGAAACAAAACCAGCUGUGAGGCCUACGGCUACAACGCCUGUGACUACCAGUGCUGGGAGAAUUCGGUGGGUGAGGAGCUGUACAAUCUGAGCAUCUUCAACUUCCUCCUUACCGUGGCCUUCGCCUUCCUGGUCAGCCUGCCUCGGAGGCUGCUGGUUGAGCGGUUCUCAGGCCGAUUCUGGACUUGGCUGGACCGAGAGGAGUUCCUGGUGCCCAAGAACGUGCUGGACAUUGUGGCGGGGCAGACGGCCACCUGGAUGGGGCUCUUCUUUUGCCCCCUGCUGCCCCUGCUCAACAGCAUCUUCCUCUUCCUCACCUUCUACAUCAAGAAGUACACCCUCCUGAGGAACUCCAGAGCUUCCUCGCGGCUCCUCCGCGCCUCCAGCUCCACCUUCUUCUUCCAGCUGGUGCUGCUCCUCGGCCUGCUCCUGGCUGCGGUGCCCCUGGGCUACGUGGUCAGCAGCACCCACUCCUCCUGGGACUGUGGACUCUUCGCCAACUACUCAGCCCCCUGGCAGGUGGUCCCCGAGCUGGUGGCCCUCCGGCUCCCGCUGGCUGGCCAGCGUGUCCUCCACUACCUCAGUUCCCAUGCCUUCAGCUUCCCGCUCCUCAUCCUGCUCAGCCUGGUCCUGACUGUGUGCGUGUCCCAGUCCCAGGCCAACGCGAGAGCCAUCCAUGGACUCCGGAAGCAGUUGGUGUGGCAAGUCCAGGAGAAGUGGCACCUGGUGGAGGACCUGUCGCGGCUGCUGCCAGAGCUGGCCCCAAGCGACUCUCUCGAGCCCGAGUCCCCUCUCUCCCGAGCUUCACGCCCACGGUCCUUCUGCCCCGGUUUCCCGUGCCCAGGCUCCCCGGGCCCCAGGACUCCCCGACCGGGAUCUUCUCACGUUGUUCCCACCGGGCUGAGCCCCCCGUACACCGGACCGCGCGAUGGCCCGGGCCCCUCCUCCAGAUUUCGCUUCCCCAGCGGCUCGGCUCUGUAGCAUGGGGCCCCACCUGCCCUUCCUGGUCCCACUUCCUUCCUAGGCCCCCCUGGUGACCACGGCCCCUCCCUGGCUCGGGGGCCUCAGGCAGGACUCCCCACAGAGGGCCAGCAGAAAGAACAUAUGGAAAUGUCUGUCUGUGUUUUUAUCUUAUCCCUUCAAGUUUUUAUUUUCUGUUGGAGUUUUAUAGUGCACGUAUGCAUUAGCAUAGUAACAGGUGCAGGCCAGCUACAAGCACACAUCAACUGUACGUGCUCAGAAACUGCUUACCCAAGUGUGUGCCGUCAUAAAAGUGUGGACACCCCUCCCUGUGCUGUGCCUCCUGCAUGCCACCUACUCGGCCAUCCACAAGUAGGGAGCCCACAAAGGUCAGGGCCGCCGUCAACAAGGGGCAGAGAUGGGAUGUGAACCCAGGAUCCUGGGCUCCAC